AUGGAUCUGAUUAUCGCUAAUGCGUUUGGGGAAAUCCAGCCGGUAACGAGGUUCUAUUCCCUGUGCAUUUUUGCCUGCAUGAUAGCUCAUAGUAAUGGAUGUCUAAGCAAAUUACCAAAUAACAUUGAUCUACUUAUUAAAAAGAGAAACAUACUAGGUAUCUUAUUAUCGAUAUUUAAUACAGGUCAAGGAUUUGACAUGUAUUUUUUAAUACAUACGGUAUUACAGCUAUCGACCAUUGAAAAGAUGGUAGGGGAUUCGAAACGUUUUGUCUGGUACAUACUAAUUAUUGCAUCCCUAUCAAUAACCUUCUCAUGUUUCCUCAAGGUGGGCGAUAGUGUGAUAAUGGUGGACCUAAUAAAAAAGAAUAUGACAUAUUAUAUCCUCAAGAAACAUAAUUUUGAGCAAUUUCCUAUGAUUGGGCUAUUUGCUUUUAUGGAUAUGGUAUUUCAAAACCUUCAUUUGGCGAUUCUUGUAUUGCAGGGACAUGGGCUAAGUUUAUUUGUGGUAUCAAUAUUACCGGGAUUUAUCUUAUACUUUAUUGGAGAAGUUCUUUCUAAAAUAUACAUGAAGGAUUUUUUGGUACCCCCAGGGCAGUGGUUUUCUGUGGAAAAUGAACAAUAA